AUGGGGAGAGAGGUUCCACAACAACAGCAGCAGCAGGUGGCGUUGGCGGUGGAGCAGCUGCUGGCUGUGAAUCCGUACAACCCCGACAUGCUUUCCGAUCUUGAAAACUACGUUAACGAGCAGGUUUCUUCACAAACUUAUAAUCUCGAUGCCAAUCUCUGCCUUCUUCGCAUCUAUCAGUUUGAGCCGGACCGGAUGAGCACUCAAAUUGUUGCCCGCAUCUUGGUUAAGGCACUGAUGGCAAUGCCCUCCCCUGAUUUUGGCCUUUGUCUAUUCUUAAUCCCAGAAAGAGUGCAAAUGGAGGAGCAGUUUAAGACACUCAUUGUCCUAUCUCACUAUUUGGAGACCGGAAGGUUCAGUCAAUUCUGGGAUGAAGCAUCCAAGAAUCGUCACAUAGUUGAAGCUGUCCCAGGUUUUGAGCAAGCAAUUCAAGCCUAUGCAAUUCAUGUUCUUUCCUUGACGUACCAAAGGGUUCCCCGAUCUGUGCUUGCUGAGGCUAUCAAUAUUGAAGGCUUAUCCCUGGACAAAUUCCUUGAGCACCAUGUAGCCAAUAGUGGUUGGAUUCUUGAGAAAGGUCAUGGAAGGGGUCAACUCAUUGUCCUGCCUCGAAAUGAAUUUAACCAUCCAGAGCUGAAAAAGAGCACAGACGAUGGCAUUCCAUUAGAGCACGUGGCUCGUAUCUUCCCCAUUCUAGGUUGA